CGGCCCGGGUUUCUUUCUUUUUGCGCAGCAUUAAUAUAAAACCUCACUUGCUUGGCUUAAUUUGCUUCUCAAUUCUCAUUCUCAUUGGUUCUACCAAGUACCAACCAACCGCCCACUCUCUCUCUCUCUCUCUCUCCUCACACAAACCUCGUUUCUCAAUUAAGCAUCACCUCCAGCCAUGGCGGGCAUGGCCAGACCGUUGGCUACAAUUCCCACCUGCUUCUCAAUCAUAAUCAUAUGCUUAAGCUUGAUAACAAUGAGAAUUGAGGCAGCCCCUCAAGGCUCUCUUGUCACCCAGCUUCCCGGCUUCAAUGGCACUUUUCCGUCCAGCCACUAUUCCGGAUAUGUAAGCAUAGGCGCAAAGAAUCUUUUCUACUACUUUGUAGUGUCAGAAGGGAGCCCCGCCGACGAUCCUGUUGUCUUGUGGCUCAAUGGCGGACCCGGCUGCUCUAGCUUUGACGGAUUCGUCUACGAACACGGGCCGUUCAAUUUUGAACAAAAAUCGAAAGGAGCAUUGCCCACUUUACAACCUAAUCCUUACAGCUGGUCCAAGGUUUCCAACAUGCUGUAUUUGGAUUCUCCUGCUGGUGUUGGGUUUUCCUACUCAGAAGACCCAAGCCAAUACGUAACCGGGGAUCUUCAAACUGCUGCCGACACCCACGCCUUCCUCCUCAGCUGGUUUAAGCAGUACCCGGAGUUUCUUUCCAAUCCCUUUUACAUUUCCGGGGAGUCAUAUGCUGGAGUCUACGUCCCUACUCUUGCCUUUCAAGUUGCCACAGGUAUUCAAAAUGGAACAAAACCAGUUGUAAAUCUCAAGGGUUACAUGGUGGGGAAUGGAGUCACAGACAGAAACUUUGAUAACAAUGCUCUUGUCCCUUUUGCUCAUGGGAUGGCCCUCAUUUCAGAUCAAAUUUAUGAGGGAGUUAUAGAAGAAUGUGGGAUCAACUACUCCAACUCAUCUAGUGCCAAGUGCAACGAGAAACUUCAUCUGGUUAGCGAGGCUCUUGGUGGACUAAAUAUCUACAACGUCCUUGAGCCUUGUUACCACAACCCUGGAACUGAAUCAGGAAAUGAUACUUCUACAACAACCAAAAGCAGCAACUUACCCUUUAGCUUUCAGCAACUAGGCAAGUCGCCUGAGAAGCCUCUCGGAGUGAGAAAGAGGAUGUUUGGCCGCGCUUGGCCUUAUCAGAUGUCUGUAGAAGAUGGCUUAGUCCCUUUGUGGCCACAGCUAGCUGCUAAAUCUAACUCACGCAGUGUUCCAUGCUUUAAUGAUGAAGUCGCAACUAAAUGGCUGAACGACCCAGCAGUUAGGGAAGCAAUUCAUGCCAAGCCUGCAAGUGUGUCUGGUCCCUGGGAAUUAUGCUCGGAUAGAAUAAGUUAUUAUCAUGAUGCUGGAAGUAUGAUCCCUUACCACCGAAACCUUACAACCAAAGGAUACAAAGCAAUCAUUUUCAGUGGAGACCAUGAUAUGUGUGUGCCAUAUACUGGAAGCCAGGCGUGGACUAGCUCACUUGGGUAUAAGGUUAUAGACCAAUGGAGGUCUUGGCUAUCCAAUGACCAAGUUGCAGGCUACUUGCAAGCAUAUGAAAACGACCUCACCUUUCUCACUGUCAAGGGAGCUGGACACACCGUCCCUGAAUACAAGCCACGGGAGGCACUCGACUUCUACAGCCGCUGGUUGGCAGGAAAACCGAUGUGAUAGUAUAUAUGACGGCAUAGCAUGGAUAGCAUGGCCGGUGACCGGGGAAGAAAAGACUUCCAUUGAAUCUUCUUUUUCAUUUACGGCUAUAAUUAAACACAGCAGCCGCAUUCAUUCCAUUUUUCAUCAUUUUCUCUUAUUCUGUAUGUUUGAAAAAUAUAGACAACUGAUUUUUCACAUCAAUAACUGCAAACAGACAUGUAUCUUUGUAAUAAUGAAAAGGUUAAUGCCAGCCACGACCACAAGCACAACCACAACCUCAAGGUUCAAGUUCA